GGAUGGAGCCAUCGAUGGGAGCUGAGAUGGCACAGAGCCGUUGGGUAUGGAGGUGGGGUGGGAUGAUGGAUGUGGAGAUGGGAUGGUGCCAUGAGCACCACGAAGGGGCAGCAGCACUGAAGCUGCCGUACAGCACUGUGCCUCCAGGAGUGCGGCUGCAGCGCUGGGCAGUGCCUCUCCUGGCAUUAUGGUUCGUCACAAAUACCAGCAGUGAGCCUUUACUUGGUGCCUUGCAUCCCACAGGAUCCCGGGGCACGCCGCAUCCAUUAAGACUCUGCUUCAUGCACUAUUUUUCGGUGCUCCAUGGGGAGCACCACCCCGGGGCUGUUCUCUGGGUGCUGCAGAGCGGGUUGCUGCUCCACUGGGAUGCGCUGCGGGUAAUCCCUCGUCCUUGAGCGCCCGGGGUCAAGCCUGCCGUGCUGGAUGGCUGCAAAUUGAUUUGCAUCAGCUCAGCAUCGCGCCGAGAUCGAUGCCGGCGGGAGGGAAUGAAUGCAGCAGUCGGCAUGCAGACACUGCGUGUGCUGGGCUGUGUGCAGGGAGCUGCUCAGCACCCCGACGUGCUGAGGAUGGAGCGCCCAGACUGGGAGCACGGCGUGUCCCCACUUUGCACAGCCAUAGAUCCCACAGCAUGGAUGGUGGUCGCAUUCUCCAUCUGUGCCUUGCAGAGCAUCGCACCCAGAGGGCUGCCCGGCUCUGUCGCCGCAGGUGUAAAGCUCAGAGUGAGGGGGUCCUGCCCUGCAGGAUGCAGAAGGCUCCCGGUCGGUGCCUGCAGGCAGUGCCCCGGGCUGGUGGUGCCCUGUGUGUGCCAGGGAGCCGACUCCGUGCGUGUCGUUAGCAGCGUUUCUCCUGUACUAAAAAAAGCACGGAUUUAAUUGUUUCCUGCUGGAGUUGAAAGGCAGCUCCCGGCACCGAAAUAGCGCAGAGGGGGAAGCACAGCCGAGAGCUGCACCACGUCCUCCUCCUCCUCCCCCUGCUGCCCGCAGCAGCACCUGGCAGGCCGGUACCUGCGAUCCCCUCCGUGACCCCCAAAAUGCCCUCAUAAUCCAUCUCGUGCCACAGCCCCCCAUGCCCCCAACCCGCUGCUGAGCAUCCCCACGCCCUUCUCCCUGUGCUGCCCACACAGCCAACCCACUGCUGUGACAUUGCAGCCCCCUCCUCUCCCCUCUCCAGACCCCCUGCAGCCCCCCAGCCGCUCUGUGCCUUUUGCCAGGCGCGCUGCAAAUCCCUCUGAUGGAAACCCGUUCUCUUUUAUUUGCCUUCCGAGGUAAUUGGCAUCUCUUGGUGUGCUGGGCUCUCUAUUUUUAUCAGCUGUUUGCACAUUGACACAUCCCCGCUCCGCCUCGUUAUCCCGGCGCGUUUCAGCCCUCUUGCUUUUCUAUUAUUACUAUUUGGAUGCACGAGGCGAGGGAAAUGACAAUCGGGGUGCUGGCAGCAGGUUCCCUGCUCACGUGCUCCCACGGGGGAUAUGAUGGGAUUCUCCAUGCCCACGCUGUGCCACAGCCAUGCCCACAUCUCACUCCAUCCCACGUGCUCUGCACGGUUUGGGCACUGGCAGGACAACGGCCCCUUUGCCCACGGCAUCCCAGCAGGCAUGGGAAGAGCCCAGGAAGGUGCUUGCAGGCCUGGAACUCACUCCUGGGUUACAGAGAAGGAGGUGCAGCAGUGGUACAAGGGCUUUAUCAAGGACUGCCCCAGUGGGCAGCUCGAUGCUGCCGGCUUCCAAAAGAUCUACAAGCAGUUCUUCCCCUUUGGUGACCCAACCAAAUUCGCCACCUUCGUGUUCAAUGUCUUUGAUGAGAACAAGGACGGGAGGAUUGAGUUCUCAGAGUUCAUCCAGGCGCUGUCUGUCACCUCCCGAGGGACGCUGGAUGAGAAGCUGAGGUGGGCGUUUAAGCUGUACGAUUUGGACAACGACGGCUACAUCACGAGGAACGAGAUGCUGGACAUUGUGGAUGCCAUCUACCAGAUGGUGGGAAACACUGUGGAGCUUCCCGAGGAGGAAAACACACCAGAGAAGAGGGUGGAUCGGAUUUUUGCCAUGAUGGACAAGAACGCAGAUGGGAAGCUGACGCUGCAGGAGUUCCAGGAGGGCUCCAAGGCCGACCCCUCUAUCGUGCAAGCCCUCUCCCUCUACGAUGGGCUCGUAUAGUCCCAGGGCCGAGCGGCGCUUAUGGGGAAGAUGCUCUCUGUGCCAUCCGACCACGCAGCGAUGCUUGCCUGCCCCUCUCCGGCCCUCCUCCAUGUCCCACGAGCCAAGGAUGCAGCGCAGCGCCAGCUCACGCC